CUGAGCUGCAAUUUAGCAUUUUGUGUUAAUUAGGUUGGAGCCAGAGAUACAAUUAUUUCUUGUAGCUAAUCCAUGGAGAUGAAUCAGCAUCACUGAUAAUUCAUGCAUCGAAUACAUUCAAUGCACUUCCCUGAUCUUUAUUCAUGUCUUUAAAAAUGAUUUCAGCGUUAUCAUAAAGCGGUCUUCUCUGAUGUUUUGCAAGCCCCACUGUUAAAGAUCCCAAUUUGAAGCAGAAAAGUGGAGAUUUGUUGGAAUGCUUUACUGCCCUCCAUUUUCAACUGUUUAUAAUAUUUUUCUGUGUCUGCAUAUUUUCUCUGUGCACAUUACUCAUCAGAAUAAAAAAAGGAACUAUGAAAACCUCGACCAACUGUCCUAUGACAACAAGCGAGGACCUAAGGCAGAGAAAGUCCUCCAGUUCAGCCAGGAGACUAACUUAACUGCCCUGCUGCUGGAGGCGAAAGAGCUGGAGGCCCGAGUCAUCAUUCUGUCCGCCAGUGAGGAGGACGCUGCUGCAGUGUACAAGGCUGCCCGCUUCCUCAACAUGACUGGCUCGGGGUACGUGUGGCUGGUGGGCGAGCGGGAGAUGUCGGGUAAAGCCCUGAGCGAGGCGCCAGACGGUCUGAUCGGCCUCCAGCUCAUCAACGGGAAGAAUGAGUCAGCACAUAUCAAUGAUGCGGUGGCUGUGGUGGCGCAGUCCAUCCAGGAGCUGUUUGAGAAGGAGAAUAUCACUGAACCCCCGAGAGGAUGCGUGGGCAACACCAACAUCUGGAAAACAGGGCCACUCUUUAAACGGGUGCUGAUGUCAUCUAAAUACCCAGAGGGCCUCACAGGGCGCGUGGAGUUCAAUGACGAUGGGGACAGGAAGUACGCCCAUUACAGCAUACUCAACUACCAGAAGAGUCGCCUCAUUCAAGUCGGGAUCUACAAUGGAACGCAGGUGGUAAUGAACAAUCAGCGGAAGAUCAUCUGGCCCGGAGGAGAGACCGAGAAACCACAGGGCUUCCAGAUGUCCACUCGAUUAAAGAUAGUGACGAUACACCAGGAGCCAUUUGUGUAUGUGAAACCCACUCAGCCGGAUGGAACAUGCAAGGAGGAAAUGACAUUAAAUGGAGUCUUAAUUAAAAAGGUUAUCUGCACUGGGCCCAAUGAGACCAUCCCAGGUAACCUAUCAGGACGCCCAAUUGUGCCCCAAUGUUGUUACGGAUUCUGUAUUGACCUCCUUAUCAAGUUGGCUAUGACCAUGAACUUCACCUAUGAGGUGCACCUGGUGGCUGAUGGGAAAUUCGGAACUCAGGAGAGGGUGAACAACAGUAACAAGAAAGAGUGGAAUGGCAUGAUGGGAGAGCUCCUGGGGGGCCUGGCUGACAUGAUUGUGGCCCCGCUGACUAUAAACAACGAACGAGCCCAGUACAUCGAGUUCUCCAAACCCUUUAAAUAUCAAGGCCUCACCAUCCUGGUUAAAAAGGAAAUCCCUCGCAGUACGCUGGACUCGUUCAUGCAGCCGUUCCAAAGCACGCUGUGGCUGUUGGUGGGUCUUUCGGUGCAUGUGGUGGCGGUGAUGCUUUACCUACUAGACCGGUUCAGCCCGUUUGGAAGAUUUAAAGUAAACAGUGAAGAAGAAGAAGAAGAUGCCCUCACCUUAUCGUCUGCUAUGUGGUUCUCCUGGGGAGUGUUGCUGAACUCUGGAAUAGGAGAAGGUGCGCCGCGCAGCUUCUCAGCGAGAAUCCUGGGUAUGGUGUGGGCUGGAUUUGCCAUGAUCAUUGUGGCUUCCUAUACUGCCAACCUGGCUGCCUUCCUGGUGUUGGACCGGCCUGAGGAGCGCAUCACCGGCAUCAAUGACCCAAGACUGAGAAACCCAUCGGACAAGUUCAUCUACGCCACGGUGAAGCAAAGCUCCGUGGACAUCUACUUCCGGCGGCAGGUGGAGCUUAGCACCAUGUACCGCCACAUGGAGAAGCACAACUAUGAGAGUGCCGCCGAGGCUAUCCAGGCCGUGCGUGACAACAAGCUGCAUGCUUUCAUCUGGGACUCUGCGGUGCUGGAGUUUGAAGCCUCGCAGAAGUGCGACCUGGUGACCACGGGAGAGCUGUUUUUCCGUUCGGGCUUUGGCAUAGGCAUGCGCAAGGACAGCCCCUGGAAACAGAAUGUGUCCCUGGCCAUUCUCAGUUCUCAUGAGAACGGCUUCAUGGAAGACCUAGAUAAAACCUGGGUGAGAUACCAGGAGUGUGACUCAAGGAGCAAUGCCCCAGCCACACUCACCUUUGAAAACAUGGCAGGAGUCUUCAUGCUGGUGGCGGGAGGUAUUGCGGCAGGGAUCUUCCUAAUCUUCAUUGAAAUCGCCUAUAAGCGCCAUAAAGACGCCCGCAGGAAGCAGAUGCAGCUGGCCUUUGCGGCGGUCAAUGUUUGGAGGAAGAACCUGCAGCCCUCUUCCUCUCUAGAGACUCAGGAUGAUAGGAAAAGUGGUAGAGCAGAGCCCGACCCCAAAAAGAAAGCCUCUUUUAGGUCCAUCAGUACCACCCUGGCCUCCAGCAUCAAGAGACGUAGGUCCUCCAAAGACACGCAGUACCCACCCACUGACAUCACGGGCCAACUCAACUUGUCUGACCCGUCUGUCAGCACCGUGGUGUAAAAGAGAGGGAGACACCGUGGUUCGCUCCCCAGGGAGAGAGGAAGCGAGAUGAGGGAGAAAAGGAGGAGGAAGUGGAGGCGAGAGGGGGGAGGGAGAGCCCAUCUCCUCGUUCCCUUCGCUGAUUCGGAGCCGGAGCUUUUCAUUUCACCGCCAGCCGAUGGAGCUUUUGGAGGAAACCCGCUUGCUGAAGAAGUGUCUCAAAAAACACUCAACUUGCACCUUUUUUUUAAAAAAAAUAAGUCAGGAUUACCUGGCAUUAGAUGUUCCCUGAGCAUGCACGUUAGAGACCAUCUGACUCACAUAUACAAUAUUUUCCUUCUGUAUAUUAUUAGCAAACUUAUUUAACCUUGUUUUGUCCGUUUACUUGCAGAAAUUUACUUAAUGUUUGAUGUACUUUUCAAAUUUCCUGUAUCAGUUUAGCAAGCCAGGUUGAGUUUAGUUAAGUUUAAGGAUAAACCAGUACUGUACUCAACAUAUCACUUCCAAUUAGGGCUUAGAAACCAUAGUAAUAUCUAGUUUUUAAACAUAUACUGCAAUACAAGACGUACUGUACGCUUCAAUGGAUAUCAAGUGUUUUUUAAUAGGAACUACCUGUGUUUUUAUUGACACUUUUUAGAAGUUUCUUUCAUGAGAAGCACUACUAAUGGCACUAAUGUUGAAUCUAACCGUGAAGAUGAUGGAAGCAUGUGUGUGCUUGUCUAUGAAUAAGAGCUUUAUUUAUAUGAAUUAUGAAAUUGAUAACUAUUUUGAAGAUCAGAUUCUGUAGUUUAAAUCUUUUCCCCCUUUUAAUUUUGUACUAAUCUUCCAAAAUGCAUGUUUUUGUUUUUAAUUUUUUAGCAAGAACUCUGAAUCUGUUAAGCGUAACUUCUAUUUAUAGCAAGAGAUAAGCAGGUGAAUUUGCAAUCUGAUGAAACAGUUUCGUAUGGCUGGUGUUUCUACAUCCAAAUACUCAUCCGGGAGCCAUGUUGCUUUUGGGGACGCCCUCUCUCUUCCUCUCUCCUGUCGCGGCAGUCUUUCUCAUUUCCAGUCUCCAAGGGGUUGCAUCAAAGGGCCAGGUUUUUCACCCAACCUGCACCCGGUCUUUCGUGCAAAACCUCCAACCCGGGCGCAACACCUGAGAGCUUUUGCACGAAGGGGAACCCGGGUGAAUUCAAAGCGUGGCUCAGCUUGCGAGCUUGUGUGCAGUCCUUGGUUAGAUGCAAAAAACUGGCCGUUUCCCGUUUUCUGGAGCUGAGAAACCACUGCUGUUUGCUGAAAAAAUACUAUCACUUCCUGUCUGCUCUCUGGCACUGCUUAGCACUUUAUGCUGAGGCGUCUCCCAAACUGUAAAAUAAAGAUUUAUCAAGACACUAGAACCACUAUAACAUCAGCCAUUCUCCACUCCAACAUGUUUUAAUUUCACAAAUCGUUUUUUUCUUCAUUUUAAUCUGUUAGAAAGAUAUCGACAAUUUCAUUUCUGGAAUUAAUUGCUUCUGAUCACAUUCUCAUUCUGGCCUAUGCAUGCUUUCGUGUUACUAUCAGUGCUUGAGUUUGUUUUUGGAUGCGUGCUGUUGCUGUGUACAGUCAGCCGAGCUCUGUGUGGAGCACUCAAGUUGAAUGAACUGUAAAUAUAGUUUGGUUAGGUGUAGAUAGGGUUAAGGAGAUUGUACUGCUUGUGUUAUGAUUGCAGCAGAGAAUGUCUAGUUACACACACACACACACACAACA